AUGCCGGCUGUUUCUUUGCCUAUUUCUUUGACGACUCCGAUUGAAUUCAAGUCAUACAGUGAAAAUGAGGACUAUCUUGUGGAAGAAAAGCCUGAGCCAAACUACCGCUCGCAGACUUUGGUUUACUGUUCUCGAGAGUCAAAGUGGUGGAUAAAGGUGACUUUUCGCGGCGGCAUACUGAAUGAGUCAACAAUAAAACAUAGGACUUCAAAAAAGGAACGUCGCAAACAGUUCCAAAACUUUGUCAGACUCAUAGACUAUGGCGCUCUUCCUCUUCUUGAUGACACGGUUACGGAACUGAUCCUUGAUGAUGGAGGACAGGGCUCCAAAGUCAUUAUACAUGCAUCUGAAGAAUUUACCAGCAAUCCUUUCGUCAAGAUCGCCGCAAAACUGAGAUGUACCAUCCAGGAAGAUCCUUUGCGAGUCAUUUAUCCAUCAUGCGAUGAAUUUCCCUCCUUUCGAUGUAUCAACUCAAGCGAUCUUUGUGACGAGAUUGAAAUUACGGACGGAGUCUUGCAGGUUCUCGAUGUCAACAGCAAGAUACCAUACAUCCUCAAGGUCGUGAACCGACCCCUCUAUCAGCCUCAUGACACGGAGGUCAUUCGCAAAGAACUUGAAAACCUUGAGAUAUUUCGAGGCGUGCCGAAUAUUGUGCAAGCCGCCGGCAUCGCAGUAUCUACAAACCCUUACAUGACGUCUAACACAAGAGAUCAGCCUCUCAUAGUCACUGGUAUUGUGCUCAAAUUCUACAGUGGUGGCUCUAUCCAGAGAGCCUUGAGUGAACAUCGCCUGCUUGAACAUUCCUGGGAAAGGUGGCCAAAACAAAUCGCUACUGCAUUACACCGGUUUCACGCGGCUGGAAAAACCCACAUGGAUAUUAAGCCUUCGAACGUUGUUCUUGAUGCGGAUGGAAACGCAGUUCUUAUUGACAUCAGUGGAAUUGGCGGAAUCACACACGGUUGGCGUGCCCCCGAGAUCCGAGAUGAGAUAUCACCCAACGAACUCCCGUAUGGGGUGCGUAAAUCGAACGACACCUGGGCAUAUGGAAAGUUUCUGUCAGAACUUGUUCGGCAUGCAAAAGAUAGCCCUAUUACAAGGAUACUGAAGCGGAUUGCCGGUCGCCUAAUGGUAGAGAGCGUGCAUGGACGCAUGAGUAUGUUCGAGGCUAUCUUGGAGCUUUUUGGGAUUGACAACAUUGACCGCUCAUGCCAAUAG